UCUGAAAUUUUCAAAGGCAGGAGAGGUGAAAGAUGAGUAUGCCAAUUACUGCUUCUAGAACCAAAUCUACCGGAGAAGUUGUCUUCGUUUGCGGCAACUCUUUCCCUCAACAGAAAAUCAGGUGCUAUGAAGGUAAAGUUCUGGACCGUCUUCUCACAUCGAUUAAGAGGGAGAUAGCGACAGCCAGAAACUCUAACGUAUCUUUACCUGAGAAACUUUGGCUUAAGCUACAGUUUUCAGUAGGGGUGAAUGAAAUUACGCGGGUACUUGAGAGAAUGCCGCCGAUUCCUGCUAAUGAACGAUCAUCACUAUCGGCUAAGGUGCAUUCUGCUAGAAUUCAGGCUGUACUAGUAGCAUCUGAUUGUCAUCCGCGGUUGCUGACCAAACAUCUGGAAAGCUUGGCUAUUUCAAAAAAAGUACCAAUUGUCUUUGUCAAAGAUAACAAAAGAGGUUCUUUGAGAUUAGGUGAAUUGGUAAAACUUAAAACUGCAAUUGCCAUUGGCGUUAAGGAUAAAGGCAACCAGUUUAAUAAAUUCAUCAGCAACGAAAUCAUCCAUAACUUUGAAUGAACUACAUUGCAACUGGAGCUUCAUACACAGACAUUGAUCAAUUGUAUAUUGUGGAGGAGCAUCUGGUCAUUUUUGGUUACAAGCCUUGUGAAAGUGAAGUAAUAUGUAGUUCUAUGAAGCAUUUAUCAUCUAUACAAUCACAUGUACAUCAGGGAAGAUAACUUACAUGGUAUUGAUACAAAGACCUACUGAAUUUUGUAUUCUUAUCUUAGCUGAGUAAUGGCUGCGAAGAUUCACAAUGUAUUGCGGCCCUGUGGCCACCUUCCUUCAAUUUGCAAGUAACAUCUAAGCUGCUUUGCAA